AUGUCGCUCUCGCUCGCCUCCACCAUCCGUCUCAACGACGGCCGCGCCCUGCCGCGCCUCGGGCUCGGCGUCUACCUCAGCAAGGGCGCCGAGGGCAUCACGGCCAUCUGCACCGCGCUCGAGGCGGGCUACCGCCACAUCGACUCGGCGGCGUUCUACGACAACGAGAAGGAGGUGGGCGAGGCGGUGCACAAGUGGGGCGGCGAGCGCGAUAGUGUGUGGCUCACCAGCAAGAUCUGGGACUCCGACCACGGCUAUGAGCGCUGCAGCAAGGCCGUCGACCGCAGUCUCAAGAAGCUUGGCCUGCCAUCAUGGGAUCUGAUGCUUCUGCACUCGCCGAACCCGGGCAAGGCCGCCCGCCUCGAGGCAUGGCGUGCGCUCAUCGAUGCCAAGAAGGCGGGCAAAGUGCGCAGCAUCGGCGUCAGCAACUACGGCGUGCACCACAUCCAGGAGCUGCUCGAGGCCUUCCCGCAGGACCCUCCGGCCGUGAACCAGAUCGAGCUCUCUCCCUUCUUCCAGCGCGCCUCCAUCGUCGCCGAGUGCGCCAAGCACGACAUCGUCGUCGAGUCCUACUCGCCGCUCGGCAAGGGUGCCUUCGUCGACCUGCCGGAGCUGCAGGACAUCGCAAAGAAGUACGGCAAGACGCCGUCGCACAUCCUCAUUCGCUACGUGCUGCAGAAGGACAUUGUCGUGCUGCCGAAGAGUGUCAACCCGGAUCGCAUCAAGGCAAAUGCGGACGUUUAUGGCUUUGAGCUGGACGCCGAGGACAUGAAGACGCUCGAUGGCUUCGAGACCGGCAGUGGGAUCACGUGGGACCGUCAGUUCCACGCUUGCCUGCUGGCCCUUGCCCUCCCUGACGCCUGCUGCUACUCUCAGCUACGACGGCGCCUUGAGCCUCAGACUCUCGACUGCAUCAGCUCGUACUCUGCGCACAUCAAGCCUCGUCUGUCCCGUCCGUAGAUCUGCAAUGUCAAACGCACGCGCACCUCUGCUUUCAUCAGUGGCAUUGCAUCGUCACCGCGGCUCGAUGUGCAGCUCGGCGACAAGCCGCUCCG